CCAAUUCCUCGAGAAGAGCAUCCGGAAGCUCGAUUUCAGCACCACCGAAAUCUGCACCAUCGUUCAGAUCAACAAUCUGAAGAAUUCCCCGUGUCUCUCAAGGGCGAGCUCCGGCAAGCUACCAUUCAAGCCAUUAGCAUCCUCCAGGACAACUACCCUGAGUUCGUCGCCAGACAGGUGUUCAUCAAUGUGCCCUGGUGGUACCUAGCAUUCAACAAGAUGAUCAGUCCAUUCCUAACCUCGAGGACCAAGAGCAAGUUUGUUUUUGCAGGGCCUUCCAAACCUGCUGAGACUCUAUUCAAAUACCUAACCCCAGGGCUGGAAUUGGUUCCAAGACGAAACCGGGCAAAAUUUAACCAGCGGACUGACAAUAUAUUGUGA